GCGCCGCCGCCACUGCCGUCGGUGGAGGUCCCAGCGCGGACAUGGCCUCGCGCGGCGCCCGCCCGGGACCAAGCCUCCGGCGCCCCGCGCUGUAGCCCCGCGCAGAGGCGGCCUGACGGCGCGAACAGUCAGGCGAGCAGCAUGGAGGAGGCGUACCUGCUCCCGGUCGCCGACGUGUUGCGCCGCUUCUCGGUGACAGCCGAGGGCGGCCUCAGUCCGGAGCAGGUGACCAGCGCGCGGGAGCGCUACGGCCCCAACGAGCUCCCGACUGAGGAAGGGAAGUCCCUGUGGGAGCUGGUGCUGGAGCAGUUUGAUGACCUCCUGGUGCGCAUCCUGCUGCUGGCCGCCCUGGUCUCCUUUGUCCUGGCCUGGUUCGAGGAGGGUGAGGAGAUCACGACAGCCUUCGUGGAGCCCCUGGUCAUCAUGCUGAUCCUCGUGGCCAAUGCCAUCGUGGGCGUGUGGCAGGAACGCAAUGCUGAGAGUGCCAUUGAGGCCUUGAAGGAGUAUGAGCCUGAGAUGGGCAAGGUGAUCCGCUCAGACCGGAAGGGCGUGCAGAGGAUCCGUGCCCGGGACAUCGUCCCUGGGGACAUUGUAGAAGUGGCAGUGGGAGACAAAGUGCCUGCCGACCUCCGCCUCAUCGAGAUCAAGUCCACCACGUUACGAGUGGACCAGUCCAUCCUGACGGGUGAGUCUGUGUCUGUGACCAAGCACAGGGAUGUGAUCCCGGACCCCAGAGCUGUGAACCAGGACAAGAAGAACAUGCUGUUUUCUGGCACCAAUAUUGCAUCAGGCAAAGCAGUGGGCGUGGCAGUGGCCACCGGUCUGCACACGGAGCUUGGCAAGAUCCGGAGCCAGAUGGCAGCCGUGGAGCCUGAGCGGACACCACUGCAGCGCAAGCUGGAUGAGUUUGGGCGUCAGCUGUCCCAUGCCAUCUCCGUGAUCUGUGUGGCCGUGUGGGUCAUCAACAUUGGCCACUUCUCUGACCCAGCCCAUGGGGGCUCCUGGCUCCGAGGUGCCGUCUACUACUUUAAGAUUGCAGUGGCCCUGGCAGUGGCAGCCAUUCCCGAGGGCCUCCCAGCAGUCAUCACUACAUGCCUGGCACUGGGUACGAGGCGCAUGGCACGGAAGAAUGCCAUUGUGCGGAGCCUGCCCUCUGUGGAGACCCUGGGCUGCACCUCAGUCAUCUGCUCUGACAAGACAGGCACGCUCACCACCAACCAGAUGUCUGUCUGCAGGAUGUUCGUGGUAGCUGAAGCAAAAGCGGCCUCCUGCCGACUGCACGAAUUCACCAUCUCGGGUACCACAUACACUCCAGAGGGUGAAGUGCAGCAGGGGGAGCAGCCCGUGCGCUGCGGGCAGUUCGAUGGGCUGGUGGAGCUGGCGACGAUCUGUGCCCUGUGCAACGACUCCGCUCUGGACUACAAUGAGGCCAAGGCUGUAUAUGAGAAGGUGGGAGAGGCCACGGAAACGGCGCUGACUUGCCUGGUGGAGAAGAUGAAUGUGUUCGACAUGGACCUAAAGACCCUGUCCCGGGUGGAGCGAGCUGGUGCCUGCAAUGCGGUAAUCAAGCAGCUUAUGAAGAAAGAGUUCACCCUCGAGUUUUCCCGGGACCGGAAGUCCAUGUCGGUGUACUGCACGCCCACCUGCCCUGACCCCAAGACCCAGGGCAGCAAGAUGUUUGUGAAGGGGGCUCCUGAGAGUGUGCUGGAGCGCUGCAGCUCAGUCCGUGUCGGGAGCCGCACAGCACCCCUGAACACUGCCUCCAGGGAGCAGAUCCUGGCAAAGAUCCGAGACUGGGGCUCGGGCUCAGACACGCUGCGCUGCCUAGCACUGGCCACCCAGGAUGCGCCGCCCAGGAAGGAGGACAUGCAGCUGGAUGACUCCAGCAAGUUUGCACAGUACGAGACAAACCUGACCUUCGUGGGCUGUGUGGGAAUGCUGGACCCACCCCGGCCUGAGGUGGCUGCCUGCAUCACACGCUGCCACCGGGCAGGCAUUCGUGUGGUCAUGAUCACAGGGGACAACAAAGGCACAGCUGUGGCCAUCUGCCGCCGGCUGGGCAUCUUCGAGGACUCCGAGGAUGUGGUGGGCAAGGCCUACACGGGCCGAGAAUUCGAUGACCUUAGCCCUGAACAGCAGCGCCAUGCCUGCUGCACUGCCCGCUGCUUCGCCCGUGUGGAGCCCGCACACAAGUCCCGAAUCGUGGAGUACCUGCAGUCCUUCAGCGAGAUCACCGCCAUGACUGGUGAUGGGGUGAACGAUGCACCAGCUCUGAAGAAAGCAGAGAUUGGCAUUGCCAUGGGCUCUGGCACAGCUGUGGCCAAGUCAGCAGCAGAGAUGGUACUGUCAGAUGACAACUUUGCCUCCAUCGUUGCUGCGGUGGAAGAGGGCCGGGCCAUCUACAGCAACAUGAAGCAGUUCAUCCGUUACCUCAUCUCCUCGAAUGUCGGCGAGGUGGUCUGCAUCUUCCUCACGGCAAUUCUGGGCCUGCCUGAAGCCCUGAUCCCCGUGCAGCUGCUCUGGGUGAACCUGGUGACAGAUGGCUUGCCUGCCACAGCCCUUGGCUUCAAUCCUCCAGACCUGGACAUCAUGGAGAAGCUGCCCCGGAACCCUCAUGAAGCCCUCAUCAGUGGCUGGCUCUUUUUCCGAUAUCUGGCUAUUGGAGUGUACGUGGGCCUGGGCACAGUGGCUGCUGCCACCUGGUGGUUCCUGUAUGAUGCCGAAGGACCACAAGUCACCUUCUACCAGUUGAGGAACUUCCUGAAGUGCUCUGAAGACAACCCGCUCUUUGCUGGAGUCAACUGUGAGGUCUUCGAGUCCCACUUCCCCACAACCAUGGCCUUGUCUGUGCUUGUGACCAUUGAAAUGUGCAACGCCCUCAACAGUGUCUCGGAGAACCAGUCCCUGCUGCGGAUGCCACCCUGGCUGAAUCCCUGGCUGCUGGCCGCUGUGGCCAUGUCCAUGGCCCUGCACUUCCUCAUCCUCCUCGUGCCGCCCCUGCCUCUCAUUUUCCAGGUGACCCCGCUGAGUGGGCACCAGUGGGUGGUGGUGCUCCAGAUAUCCCUGCCCGUCAUCCUGCUUGAUGAGGCCCUCAAGUACCUGUCUCGGAAUCACAUGGACGGCAUUCUACAGACAGUCCUGCGGGCCUGGAGGAGGCAGCUGCUGACCACCUCCCGGACCCCAGACCACACCGGAAAAAAAGGACCAGAAGUGAAUGCUGGGAACCGAGCGGAGUCUCCAGCAACAACCUCAGACUGAUGGUGCCCAAGCUUUGGCCCCACUUCCCUCUCCUGACACUGCACCUGCCCACCUGCCCACCUGCCCACCGGGCCCUGUCUGAGGCCAGGACAGCCACACCCAGGCCCAGACUCGGGGUCCCUGUCCCCACUUCCAUCUGAGCAGGGCGCUCGCUGUCUGUGUCUCUUGGACUCUCCUGAGAAGUUCUGCCUGGGGCUGCCAAGAAGCCAGGGCUGGCACAAAUGGGAGAUUCAGGGCCCCUUCCCCAUGCACCCCUAGCACGUCCUGGAGAUGCUUCCCUUGCUAGAGGCUGGGCUUUUACUUGGUGACCAGGACCUCCACAAUGAGGAGGACUCCUGGGGCCCUUUGGGCUGAGUCUGACCUCUUGCCUAGUGCCUUGUCUGGAUCGUGCUUGGCCUCAGAGAGGGAAGCCCAAGGGGCCAUCUGGGCCUAGCUGUACACGGAAAGGCUGACAGGCCCCUCCACUUAGCCCUCCAGUCCUGCGAGCCAGAGCCUGUUUCUGUUUCUGUGUGUAGGCCCUGGGCGGGUUGAAGGGUCAGGGAGGACACAGGGCACCCGGAGGAGGAGCUGGCAAGGACCCCCUUUCCCAGGAGACACUGGGCUACCUGCCUCAGCUUGGCUUCCUUCCCCAGCUCAGGUUUCCCUCUUCUAAGCAAGUAGCUUAGCGUUGCCUCAUCUGCCAAGAGGAGGGAUCUGCUGUCCAUGUCCCUGGUGCCCAGGCACUGUGCCCUCCUGAGUGUGACUGGCCCUGCAUGGCUGGGUGAUUGAGUUUCCUGGACUCGGCCUCCCUCUUUGUUCAUCCCUCCCACUCACACACCCAUGAGCCAGAAAGAUGUCACUAAGGAUAAUUACCCAGGCACUUGCUGUCCCUCCCUCAGGGCUGGGGGAUCUCAGAGCACUUCUGUGCGAAUGUGUCAGAUGGUAGAAGAUAACAUUUAAUGGACAGGGUUUUUUGAGUAACUCCGCUUUUGCUCCUUUGGGAAAAACUAGCUAGGUGUAGCAGACAACAGUGUCUAUGUGUCUUCACCCCUCCCUGAGAGUGUACAAAGUGAUUAUUUUAUAUGUGAAUCAAGACUCACAUCCUUGUGUUGGUUCCCAGAAUCCAAAGCCCCUUCAGCCAGCCUUGCAGACAAAUAGGCUCCCCCUUCCAGAGCCCUUCCCCCCAAGGCCUCCUCCCUCCCCUCUCUCAGGUUCUGGAGUUGGGAGUGUGGUUUCGGCAGGGCCCUGCACCCACCUGCUGACACGAAUUGGAGAGAAAUAAAGGCUGCAUGUCCGGGA